GAAUGGAUCAAGCUGUAUUCCAGAAAAAUCUGUUAAAAGAGUUACGGGGUAAAAGUGGAAAUGGCAUUGAAGAGUUUAUUGAAGGCUUCCAGGAGUACAUUGAAGAACCAAAAAGAUUUCAUAGAAGUCUUCUACCAACUAAAACAUCACCAGACUGUGAAAGUGCCCGAAGUGGAUUCCAAGAAAGUGUUGUAAAAAUUUUGAUGGGAGUUGAUACUAUACAGCCACCUUUGAUGACAGUGUUACUGGAAAAACUACCAGAGUUCACUGGAGAAGAGGAUUGUGUGAUAUUGGAGCAAGGUCAGAAAGUGAACAUUCCUCAUCUUCUUCUCUCUCAGUUUCAAUGGCUUGAUCACAUUGUUAACAGCAAGGAAGUGACAGAAAAGUUACUAGAGAUGGUGUCAAUAACCUGUGAAGAUGUUCAAAGGGAGAUAAUCUCAUGUCUGCCAGAUAUUGUACAAGACUCGGAACAUACCCAGGUUGCUAUGGCAUUGAGAGAUCUGAUGAAUGAGAAUCAACAGUUGACUGUUACAGUUCUAGAUGCCAUGUCUAACCUUAUACUGACCCCUGUCCUACUCUUAGAGAUUCGUGACUCAGUGCUCCAGUCGUUGAUAUCAGUAGAAUUGGAGGAUCUACCAGUACUGGUCAAGUUUUUGUUGCAGUCAGUAACUAGUGCAGAUGCUCUACAGGUUGUUACAGAAUUGAGAGCAAAUUUAGAAUUUGACACAUCUACUGCUAAAAAAGGAAGUGGUAAAAAGAGAAAAGGGUCAAGUGGAGAUGCUAGCUGCAGUGAGGAUGUGGAGACAAUUAUUCUAGAGACGGUAAAAUCUGCUGUACGAUUCCAGAGACAUGUCGGGGACGCCCUUAUCAAAGCAAUAGAGUCAGUAAAACAGCCCAGUGAUCACAAGGUUAUAGACUUGUUUAUGUUACUCAUUCUUCAUGGUACACCAAGGAAAAAAGUUGUGGAGAGUUUGUUCAGGAAUAAGAUUAGAGCAGGAUGUUUUACGGAGGCGUAUAUCAAAUCUAUCUACAGUGUCCAUUCACAGGUACUAAAGGGGUAUUUCCAGUCAUUACUUAGCUUGUCGGAGGUUUUACUAAGAUCACCAGAAUUGCCAGUCUCGUAUUUUGGAUCAGCUCUGUAUAAACAAACAUUCAUCACAUUAGAUGCCUACCAUCAACAGGAGAUAGUUGGUAACCUUGUUGCGCACAUUGGAAGUGGGUUUGAGGGUGAAAUAGAUGCCUCGCUAGAUAUUCUAGCUUACCUAGUGAAUCAUCAUCUGCCAAAGAUGGCACCUUUUGCUAUCCUUGUUAAGAGUGUACUGGACUAUCUGGAUAAUCUGUCAGUGUGUCAGAUUAGAAAACUGUAUUUUAUGCUGAGUGCCCUGGCCUUUAAAAAUCCCCAAGAAGGAGGUCUGAUACAGGAUGAUCUACAUAUUGUAAUAAGAAAACAGCUUUCAAACAAUAAUCCAAAGUAUAAGAGAAUGGGGGUAAUAGGGGCAGUGAUGAUAGUGAGUUGUAUUGCUCAAACUAGCAAUAUUGAGGAGAGCACAGAAAACUCGUGCACACAGGAAGAGCUAAGUCCUGACCUAUAUAAGCAGGUUACGAGCCUACUAACCCUGGUACGAUCAAGUAGCAGUAAAUCCCCAGAAGCCUUUGCUCUCUUUAUGGAUGAACUGUCUACCAUCAUAGCUCAAGGAAAACUUCAGUCUAAAGUUGAGAAUUGGAUCAGUGAGAAUUUGACAGUGGAUUUCCAGGAAAACUUUGUUGUUGAUAUUGCAGAUGGUGUGCCUGAAGAGAGUGGUAAUAUACCAGUAGCAAGUGUACAUGGGUUAGAUGAUGAAAGAGAUGGAGGUAUUGCCAUAAACCUUCUACCACUGGUUGUACAGAAAUAUGCCUGUAAAACUGCUCUAACUGCAUAUACUGAAAGUGGAGUAACAGACCCCCUCUGUAUGUCCCCUUCUGUACGACUAUUGAGAGUUUGUGAAGAACGACAGCAUGGUACCCUGGAGAAUAUAGAUGCUUUACUAGGUUGUCCAGUAUAUUUGGCAAAGGAAGAUGUAUACGAGAAGUUUGAGCCAUUGUCUACGAGAGAGAAGGAAAUUAUUGUGUCUUCACUGUUUUAUUGUAUUAACUGGUUUGUAGAGAUGGUAAAUGGUUUUUCGAACCAGUCUGAUGCUGAGAUUAAAGGAAAGGUGAUCACGAGGCUCCACAAUAUAACCGAGUUACAGAAGAUUAUACUGUCUUGUUUACCAGAAACUCCCAACUUUAAGCCACCACUGGCUAAUUUUGACUUGGAUGAGGCAGUUACACCAGCUGUCAGUACCGGAACAAGUGGAAAAGGUGAAACAAAGAAAAAAGCCAAGAAAGGAAGGAAAACUGUGGGUAAGAAAACCGACAAGCCAUCUUCAGAUAGUGAUGACAAUAGUAGAGAUAGUUCACAGUUAAAUAAUACAACAAUGAACAACACACAGGCAGCAACUCAGGCAGCUGAUGGUGGAGGCGGAAAAGAUAGCAAACCAUCUGUCUGUCUAGCAUCUUACAAACCGUUCUUCAGGGAGUUGGAUAUAUCUGUGUUCACAAUAUUAAACACUGGAUCUAUUAAGCAAGCCAUGCUCGACUCAGAUAUGAAUACAAAGGGUGUAAAUGAGUUAUCUCUAGAGAUGGCCCAGGUCAACUUUCUGGUGGAAGAUCUCUGCAGAAAACUGGAACAUUCACUCCUAGCAUCAGCUUCAAAAAGGAAGACUUUUUUCAAGGUCAAAGCUGAGAAGAAGGUUGGAUUCUCUAACUUGGAUCAGUUAACUCCCCUAGAAGUUGCAACAAAAGUAGUCAAGUUGUUACCUGCCCUUUGCAAUCAUCUUGAAGGAGCUAGUGGUUUCUUUCAGACAUUACUGGCAGACAAUGAUGGAAUGAUGGAUGGUCCAGGGAGUCACAGUCCUCAGGCACAGAUGUCAGCCAUGUGUUUCCAACAGUUAUUACAAGCUUUACUCUCUAUUUUUUCAUGGAAUGGAUUUCAGAUGGUAGAGAAUCGUGACUUACUGAAGGAAGGUCUUGGUGUACUUGUUCAGAGAAUUAAAACAGCAGGUCACUCACAGAUGUCUCUAAAAGAUCUUGUCAAGACAGCAGUAAAGUAUAUAUCUAACUUUGCGAACACAGUACCUGAUAUUGGUACUGCAGUAACAUUGCUCAAAGUUCUUACCUCCCUUUGUGAGAAAUCAGAAGACAGGCAACUUACAAGGAAACUUGUACCAAUAUCUGAAGAAUUUCUCAAGAGAGAAUGGAUAGGUCAUGAUGGACAGAGAGAAAAGGGCAGCAAAUUUAAUGAGCACCUACAGAUUAUUAUAAAGUCAUAUGUUGUACAUUCUGAAGAUCCUCUGAAAGCUGUUGAAGUUAUAGCAUCUAAAGCUAUACCAGAACUGUUGGAAACUGAUAAAAAUGGCUGCUCAGCAACAUAUCCAACUAUGAACAGAUCCUCGUACACAGUGUAUUAUCGUGUUUUGUACAGUGAACUUAUAGAAGCUGUGAAAGGUAUACCACCAGUCAAACAAUCAGAUCUGAUUGAUACAUGGAUUGACAGGCUAUUGCAGUGGAAUGUAGGAGUCAGAAUAUUCCAUAUUCUAGUCAAUCUUGUGAAGACAUUUGAUGGAAGAGGGAAUUUGGGAACAUGUAUAAAGUAUGGUAGAUUUUUUGUUGAAGCUUUCCUAAGACUAGGAAUGCCAUUGUUAGACAUGAUGUUUAAAAGUCACAGACAGGAUAUAUUGGGACUGUUGAAAAACUUGCAACAAAGUACACGAGCACUACAUCACUUGUGUGGACAUUCUAAGAUUAUGAAAGAUUUAGCAUUGACGAAUAAUGUACCAAUGUUGAAGAGAUCUCUGGAAGUAUUUGUGUUCCGUGUUAAAGCUAUGUUGACAGUGAACAAAUGUCUAGAGGCAUUCUGGAUGGGAAAUCUCAAAAACAGAGAUCUACAGGGAGAGGAGAUUCUAUCUCAGACAAAUGUAACACAAGAUGGUGGUGACAGUGACGGGGAAACUUUACCAGACGACGAUGACCUUAGUGAUGUGGAACUUGAAAAUGAAGGAGAUGAAAGCAAUGAAGUGGGAGAUAAUGAUAUAACAGACCCUGAAGGUUCUUACAGUCAGGCCUAUUGAUAUGUAAUGAGACAGUGGGACAAAUAUGAGCCGCGCCAUGACAAAACCAACAUACUGCGUUUGUGACAGACCAUGGUCUGGAUCAAUGCUGGAUGCAAACGCAUUAUGUUGGUUUUGUUGUGAAGCGGCUCAUAUUUCUUAGGAGAAUGGAAGGACAUACAUGCUGCAGAAAAUGUGUUCAUUGUUGUAACAAAACAGUAACAUAGAUAUAAUGAUAUAAAAUGUUUAGGAUUAUUGAUAUGCUGUGAUGCACUGCGUUUAAGAACAUUCUUAGCAUUUGUGCUAUGAUAUUAUGACAUUGCAGACCAAGUUUUAUGUGGAUGUAUUAUAAGGCUAUGCCUUUGUGGUACAAUCCUGGGGUGUGUUUCACUAACUACUUACGUUAUCGUAACUCAAGUUUGAACAUAUCUUUUUGCAUUAGCAGAACUUACGUAUUUAUAUGCGUUUCAUUAAACUUUCUUAGCUUUGCAUUUGCGUAGGUUUAAACGUAAAGUUAUGCUCACUUAUUGCUGUUGUAAAUUGCAUGUUCUAUAUAAUAAAAUGCAACUAACAUAAAUUUACGCAAAACUUAAGGAAUGUUAGUGAAACGCUCCCUUGGUUAUUAAACUGCCAUGAUAUGACAUUCAAGAAAUUGAUGUGCUCUAAGGGUAUACCAUUAUAUAAUCUUAUGUAACCCUGGUUACAAUUAUAGGAAAUUCUUGGUUUUUGAUGUGCUAUGAUAAUCUGAUGAGGGGCGUGCAAGGCUGACUGGUCAAGGACUUGACUUAAAGCCUCUUGCCCCUCACCACAACAAUCCGAGUCAUUGAAAAAAUACCUUAUAUUAUAAAACUAUAUGGAUUAUUAGUACAAUGUCAUUUCAUAAUAGAACAAACAUGACUAUUGUUACACUAUAAUAUAAUGAUGUAACAGAACAAUCUUUGUAUAAUCCAUUAAAUGUCAUCAGACAACACUCGCUAAUAACCGUUCGCAAAUUAUUUAUAGCUUUUCAUUGAUAAAAUCCCUUAAAAAGUUACAGUAGACUCUUCCAAACUAAAAGCAGAACUGUUCUUUUAUCACACAAAUAUGGUGAUUCCAGAGUUGUGAUGAAGAAACCCUAUUACAAUGGACUCUUUUGAAUUAAAAAAAAAAACAAACAGGACAGUUCCAUUAUCACACUAGUGUAGUGAUGCUAAAGUUUAUUGCAAACUAAGCAAAAACCCUCAAAAUUAUGAUGAACUCUUCCAGGUUUAGUUAAAAGCAGGCCAGUUCCAUUUUCACACAAAUACAGUGUUUCAUUGCAUACCAUAGCGCUAGUAUCUGCUGCAAUAAAACCAUAAUCAUACAAUUGAAUAUUUGGCAUGUAUGGUUAUUUUGAUUUGUUUCAGUUUUGUUGGUUAAGUGAUAUUAUGUAAAAUAAAUUUCAUUGUUUUUAUAUAUUAAAAUAUAAAUUAUU